CGCCCUGACAGUCUAAUAAACCUAACAUCUGAGUGACACAUAACACACAUUCACACCGGCUGCUUAUAUCAGCCAGGAGGGCAGAGCACAAGUCCGUACUCAUUAGACACACAGACUCACACUUUCCAGAGGCCUUCCUCGUCAGAGCUCUGAAUCAUCCACCCAGAGAGAAGGAGAGCCAGUUUCUGAAACGACAACAGUGCAGAUACGGAGCAUCAGUCACAGAGAUAACAGAUAACACAAGCAAGGGCAAGGGAUACAUCACAUUCUUUUUCUUUGAGAUACUGAUCAGAAAGUCAAGCUGGCAGCAGACGAGACAAAAAGCCUGUCGGAGGAGGGAGAGGCCAAUGUGCAGCAGGCCAACGGAGGGAUGGACAGCCCAGCAGGCAGGGAGUCCCCCGGGUCACGCGGCAAGCUGGUGCGUGUUGAACUGGAGUGGGAGAUCCCCAUGUCCAUGAUGCUGCCCAUCCAGGUGCAGCCCGACCCGGCACACCAGCCGUUCCCAUUCCUGGACACCACACUGGCCGACCUGGGCAUCCAAGAGUCAGAGGUGAAGGAGAGGGUGGUGUGGGUUGACACCAAGAAGACCCAGGUGAAGAACAAAGCAGGGAAGCUGAAGGAGAAAGAGAUCACCAUCCUUGAGGUGAGAGUGAAAGCCCAGAAGCCUGGAGACAAAGAGCUGCAGGAGGUCCUGUACAGCACUGAGGCCCACACUGACCGCUCCUUCUGUCGCACAGGAAUGAAUAUCCUGCCCUGGAAACACAGAAGUACAGGUCUGGAAGCUCUUUAAUCAAUCAAUCCAAUAUUAUACUCCUGAAUUUUUAAUAUUUAAUAUAGUGUAUAACAUAAUGUACAUUUUUAAUAUAAGUAUAAGUAUUUAAUAUUUAUUCAUGUUGCUGUUACUUUAAGCCCACUACGAAAGUCAUGACAGACAAGUAAGGAAAAACUAUUCUGGUCACCCAUUUCCAAGUCUAUUCUAAUCUGAAUUUUCUCUUUUGUUUAUGAUCUAAGAGCAACAUUUCAGUUUAACCACAAUCAUUUUCCUAAGUGACUUUUUUCCCAUCUUUGAAAACAAGUGAAAAAAAAUUGGUAGGUAAUUUUGUUGUUGUU